GCGACAGACGCGGUAAAGUGGAAUUCAAGAAUCUCCUUCUUCUCUCUUCCCGUUCCUACCCUCACCCUUUCUUCUUCAGAUCUGUGAAAAUCAGCGGAAGAAACGUCCGUGGAUACUCAGCUGCGUCGUUGUUUUCCGACUGGAUGUGAUUAAAGCUAGUUAGAAUCAGGUCUUUUCUGGACAUUCCUCAUGUUUGAAGGUCCUGCAGCAUCUAAUAGUCCUCAUCUUCGCAAGCCAGGCAGUAAAGCUGUUAGCCCGGACCAAGGUACAAGUUAUCCUGCAAAUAGUGCUCAAGAAGGUUAUGCAUUUCCAAUGGUGCUGGGUGAAAUGAAGGGCGUAAAUUUACCAAUGCCAAGUGCGGCUAUGAUGCCCUCUCCUAUCUUUCUAUGGAGGUUUAAGGUUCUAUUAUUUUUGCUGUGGGGCUUCAUUUGUUGCAAGAUUGGAUGGGAUUCAGUCAUGAGAAUGAGUGCAGAUUUGCGAGAUUUAUUCUUGUAUGAGGCCUUCUUGUACUAUAACCCUCUUCUUCUUGUGACAAUGAUGGUUUGGCUCUGGGGAGUCAGCUUAUGGGUUUUCUCACAGGGCAGUGUUAACUAUGCAAAAAUUUUUGAUCUUGAUCAGAGUCAUCUUACUCAUAAUGAAAUAUGGAAGUGUAGCAUAUGGAUGACUGUUAUUGUCCCAACUAGCAUGACAGCAUACCUUUAUCUCUACUCCCAUGGAGAAGUAUCAUUGGCAGCAUCUCAACCAGUUCUCCUGUAUAUUGCUGUUGCUUUGGUUUUGAUAUUCCCCUUUGACAUUUUUUAUUUGUCAUCUCGUUACUUCUUGCUGAGAACAUUAUGGAGGAUAGCUCUCCCGCUGCAGCCAAUUACAUUUCCUGACUUCUUCUUGGCUGAUAUUCUAACCUCCAUGGCAAAGGUAUUUUCAGAUUUGGAGCGUUCUGCUUGCCGAAUGGUUCACCGCCAGGUGGCCACCAUUGCAUGGUUUGAGGCUGAUUCGGUUUGUGGUAGUCACUCAGUUGCAAUUCCACUAGUGCUUGUUUUCCCUUAUAUUUGUCGGUUGAUGCAAUGUCUUCGUCAAUACAAGGAUACAAAGGAAAAGACUACACUUUUUAAUGCAUUAAAAUAUUCAACAGCAGUCCCUGUGAUUUUUCUUUCGGCCCUUAAAUAUCAUGUUGAACAUGAUAGGUGGACAUCCAUUUAUCGUCCGCUCUGGCUUCUCUCAAGUCUGAUGAACUCGCUCUAUUCAUUUUAUUGGGAUGUAACUCGUGAUUGGGACUUGAGUGGCUUUUCUAAGAUAUUCAAGUUCAACAGACCAAAUCUCCUUUCGAACCUGUUACAUGGUCGGCAGUGGGUUUAUUUUUGGGUUAUCGGAAGCAAUCUGAUCCUGCGUUGUACAUGGACAUACAAACUAUCUGCUCAUCUCCGCCACAAUUACCUGACUGUGUUUUCAAUCACCGCGUUGGAGAUGUUCCGGCGCUUCCAAUGGAUGUUCUUUCGAGUAGAAAAUGAAUGGAAUAAGAUUACAAAGUCUAACUUUCAGCUUCCCAUGAGUGAAAUCCCGAGGGAGGAUGAAAAAUUACUAGGUUCAACCAAUCACAAUGUAUAGAGUAUACAAGUCUCCCACAUUACAAUAGCAUGAGAUUAGAUUCAUUCUUUGCGCAGGGGCAUCAUAUAUGACAUAUCUCAUCCCAAAAGGCAGAGGUGCUCGUUUUGGUAGCUUCCUGCGAGGGACAAAUUUUGAGUUUCAGUUAAGACAUGCCUUUGAGUUGGAUGUAUAAUGUGAGUCAUAUUAAAGUUAAAUUUAGGGGACCCUCAAACACUAGUGAGGACUCAGUAAAUGUCUUUGUCUUUAAGACUGUUGGCAAGUUGGAAUUGAAAUGAUACCACACUCGGACAAUUAGAGGUUAAAAAGGCGACCACCCAAGUUUCUCUCCAUGUCUCUUCUUCCCUUCUCAUGGCUGAAAAUUUCUCUCAGAGGCAGCAGAUCUCUGCACUAACAUCCAUAGCUGAUGCAGUUUCAUGGUACUGUGCUCUGGUUGUUGUAGCCCUCAUAUUGGUGGGUGCCCUGAGGGAAACUUCCCAUGCAUAUGAGCCCAUCAUCAGAGGCAAGCAGCUUUUGGAUCGACCGUGUGAUGAAAUAUAUGUGGUAGGAGAAGGGGAAACCCUAAACACAAUCGGGGAGAAGUGUGGUGAUCCUUUUAUAGUUGAGCAGAAUCCUCAUAUUCAUGAUCCAGAUGAUGUGUUCCCUGGACUUGUCAUCAAGAUUACACCUUUGAAGCCUCAGAAAUCAUACUGAGUUAAGUUUAUCUCUUAAUAUGGAGAGCAUAUAAAUAUGGUACUCUUUCAGGUCAAAGGUUUGUGUACUAUAAUUUUGUUUCUUUCAUGGGUAUUACGGAUGAAUUAAGAAAAGCUAGGGCUUUUCCUCUUUGUAUAUCGAUCUGUUGAAUAAUGAAAUUAAUAUAUGUAGCAUACCAAA